AUGAGGAAGAUGCUGGCCGCUGUGGUGUCCCACGUGUUUUCGGGAGCGACCCAGAAGCCAGCCAUGAGAGGGCUGCUGGCGUCCCUGAACUUCUCCAACGACGCCACCUGCGACAUUAAGAAAUGCGACCUGUACCGGCUGGAAGAGGGCCCUCCGACCUCCACCGUGCUCACCCGAGAGGAGGCCCUCAAGUACUACCGGAACAUGCAGGUGAUUCGGCGCAUGGAGCUGAAGUCUGACCAGAUGUACAAGCAGAAGUUCAUUCGUGGUUUCUGUCACCUGUGUGACGGGCAAGAAGCCUGCUGUGUGGGGCUGGAAGCAGGGAUCAAUCCCACAGAUCACAUUAUCACGUCCUACCGGGCUCAUGGCUUGUGCUACACACGGGGGCUGUCGGUCAAAUCCAUUCUCGCCGAGCUGACUGGACGCCGAGGAGGCUGUGCCAAGGGCAAAGGAGGCUCGAUGCACAUGUACGGCAAGCACUUCUACGGAGGCAAUGGCAUUGUUGGGGCACAGGUACCCCUGGGAGCCGGUGUCGCUUUUGCCUGUAAAUACUUGGGAAAUGGUCAGGUCUGCCUGGCUCUGUAUGGCGAUGGUGCGGCUAACCAGGGGCAGGUGGCCGAAGCUUACAAUAUAUCGGCCUUGUGGAAAUUACCUUGUGUCUUCAUCUGUGAGAAUAACCUAUACGGAAUGGGGACGGCCAUUGAGAGAGCAGCAGCCAGCACUGAUUAUCACAAGAGAGGCAAUUUUAUCCCUGGACUGAGGGUGAAUGGGAUGGAUAUCCUCUCUGUCCGUGAGGCGACCAAGUUUGCGGCUGAUCACUGUAGAUCUGGAAAGGGGCCCAUUUUGAUGGAACUGCAGACCUACCGUUAUCAUGGACACAGUAUGAGUGACCCAGGGGUCAGUUACCGUUCACGAGAAGAAGUUCACAACAUGCGAAGCAAGAGUGAUCCUAUUAUGCUUCUCCGAGAGAGAAUGAUAAACAACAACCUCAGCAACGUUGAAGAGUUGAAGGAAAUUGAUGCAGAUGUGAGAAAAGAAGUUGAGGAAGCAGCCCAGUUUGCUAUAACUGAUCCAGAACCAACUUUGGACGAAUUAGCUCAUCACCUCUACUACCACAAUCCACCAUUUGAAGUACGUGGUACAAAUAAAUGGAUCAAGUAUAUGUCUGUCAGUUAG